AUGGUCGUCUCUGCCGAUGCAGCGGCUGCCAAUAGCGCCGUGACCGGUGGGCCAGGUGCCGUCAACUCGUCGCUCAAUGCCGUGCCUGCGACGCGAAGAAAGCUUUCGGGUCGCUAUGCCCUUUCCGACUUUACAGUGGAGCGGACGCUGGGGACCGGGAGCUUCGGCCGGGUUCACCUCGUCCGAAGUCGUCACAACAUGCGCUUCUACGCUGUCAAGGUACUUCGCAAGGAGCAAGUUGUUCGAAUGAAGCAAGUCGAGCAUACAAACAGCGAACGAGCAGUCCUCGAAGUGGUUCGACAUCCAUUCCUCGUCAAUCUCUGGGGCACCUUUUCUGAUCCUACCUUUCUCUUCAUGGUGAUGGAUUUUGUCCCCGGUGGCGAGCUCUUUACGCUCUUGCGCAAGUCCCAACGCUUUCCUCACCCCGUCGCCAAAUUCUACGCGGCCGAGGUGGCCUUGGCGAUCGACUACUUGCACCAGAAUGGUUUCGUCUACAGGGAUCUUAAGCCCGAGAACAUCCUCCUCGCUGCCGAUGGCCACCUCAAGAUCACCGACUUUGGCUUUGCCAAGUACGUUCCGGACGUUACCUGGACCCUUUGUGGCACACCCGACUAUCUGGCGCCCGAGAUUGUUUCAUCAAAGGGCUACAACAAGAGCGUCGACUGGUGGGCGCUGGGCGUGCUCUUGUUUGAGAUGCUGGCAGGCCACCCGCCAUUCUUUACCGAGGACGGCAACCCGAUCAAGCUCUACGAGAAGAUCAUCCAGUGCAAGGUCCGCUACCCGCCCUACUUUGAGCCAGCAGCAAAGGAUCUCCUCAAGAAUCUCCUGACGGCUGAUCUGUCGAAGCGUUUCGGCAACCUGCACAGAGGCAGCAAGGACAUCUUUGGCCAUCUCUGGUUCGCUGAAGUCGACUGGGACAGGCUCUACAGGCGAGAGAUUCCCGCGCCGUACCUGCCCACCGUUGCUACCGACGGCGAUGCCAGCCAGUUUGAGCGCUACCCGGAAAACGAUUUGGCAGAGUACAACAUGCACGACCUUCCCGACAUGUACGGCGGUCUGUUUCCUGACUUUUGA